AUGGUCAGAUCAAUAAAAAAAUGCGGAGUCCUGCAGCUGUAUUACCCGUACUCAGUGCAAUUAUAUGAAAACAAGUUCCCAGGAAGAGAUAAAGAUGAUUGCAUAAAUGACUCAAAGAAACAAUGUUCAUCUAGAAACGCUUUCCAAGCGGAAAGAAAACAUCACUGGUGGUGGACAGCGCAUUAUGUCUUCGAGAAAUUCGAUAUCUCGUCUGAUUUUGGUGGACCUGUAGUAUUUCUUGAGGAGUACCAUUAUAUAGCACCUGACUUUAUCUAUAUGCUACGUUAUAUGCGACGCGCUUUUUAUUUUUUCUCAAGCGUGGAGUUAGUGACGUUUGGACGACCUGGAUCUGUUGUUCUCUCGAAUUUUAAUAUCUUAUAUAUGCAAGCGUGGAAACCUCUGGACUCAUUCGGCUUGGCAUUCAACCGUACGUUUUGGCAACAUAUCACGGCAAAUGCUAUGCACUUUUGUACAUACAACGAUUAUGACUGGAGUUACUCGUUGUACAAUGUUAUGAAUCAUUUUCAACGUGGUUAUGCGGAGAUGGUGACUUGUGCAGCGCAGCGAGUGUUUUCCGUUUCAGGUGCUGAAAAUUUACGGGCUGUUCAGCUCCGGCUAAAUCGCACGUUUAAAUAUUUAUUUCCAAAUGAAGUUAAGUUGGUGAACCUCUGGGGUGUCAAUGGGGCAGCCACUCCGGCAGAAUUGGCGCCAGAUGCGGUACGUGCCAGAGGAGGAUGGGAUGACAUAAGGGACCAGCUGUUCUGCUACGAUAUCAUGGGUUCAGAUACAACCACUACUGUUUAA